AUGGGUAUCUGUGCCUCAUCUGAAGAACGAGCUAGCAAACAACGCAGUUUACAAAUCGACCGCGAAUUAGAGCAAGACUUUGCACGCCAAAAGACUGAAUUAAAGAUAUUACUACUUGGAAGUGGUGAAUCUGGAAAAUCAACUAUUGUAAAGCAGAUGAAGAUUAUUCACCAAAACGGAUAUACGCCUGAAGAAUUACAACUCUGGAAGCUGGUCGUUUACAGAAAUACAAUUGAUUCAAUUAAAGAUCUUCUCAGUGCUGCUGAAAAACUUCAUCUCGAAUUUGAUGACCCAAAGGCAAAAGAGGCGAUAGGCAUUAUUCAAAGCUACACAUUUCCUACCAAAGAUCCACGCCCAAUUAUUCCAGAGACGAUAGUAAAUGCGAUUGCAACCAUCUGGCAAGACGAAAAGACUCCAGAGUGCCUCGAACGUGGCACUAGUCAGUUCUACAUUAUGGAUUCCGCUUCCUAUUUCUUGAGCAAUGUAAAUCGUGUUACAAAAACCGACUAUCUUCCGACCCAAGACGAUGUGCUUCGUGCACGGCUCAAGACAACAGGGAUCAGCGAAACUCAUUUCAAAAUGGGGCAACUCAAUGCUCAUAUGUUUGAUGUAGGUGGUCAACGCUCAGAACGAAAGAAAUGGAUACAUUGUUUUGAAGCAGUGACAUCUAUUAUCUUUUGCGUUGCCCUGAGCGAAUAUGAUCAAGUACUGCAAGAAGAGUCCAGACAAAACCGAAUGAUAGAGAGUCUGGUAUUGUUUGAGUCGGUUAUCAAUUCACGCUGGUUCGUUCGAACAUCUGUUAUCCUGUUACUCAAUAAGAUUGAUCUAUUCCGUGAGAAACUAGCCAGAGUACCACUUGAAAAUUACUUUCCUGAUUAUAAUGGCGGUCCUGAGGUUACAAAAGGUGCAAAAUAUAUUCUUCGUCGAUUUAGUCAAGCAAACCGUAUCAAACUACGAAUAUACCCUCAUUUGACACAAGCUACCGACACCAAGAGUGUAAAUUUUGUGUUUAGAGUCGUAGAAGAGACCUUGUUAAAGACUUCGCUCACUCGAUCUGGUCUCCUGUGA